AAUGGAAACAGAAUUUUCAAAACAAAGAAAAGACUUUCUAAGUUGAAAAAUGAAGGUAACAAUCCAGGAAGCAUCGAACGAAUUUUUAUCUAAUCUUCGAAGAAAGAAGAGACAGAUAUUGUUUAAGAAUCAACGGAAAUAUCUCUGGAGUUGUGAAGAAAACUCUAUGGAAGACUUAAUUGAGAGCAAAGACCUUGAUGUUAAAAAGUGAGAUAUUCUUGAUAUCAUGUUAUAUUCAGAUAAAGAAGACCAAAUUAUCUGAGCUGUUAAGUUGUUGAACUCUGUGAUUGCUCAGGAUGACGAAGAGAGCGAGGAGUUUAUUGAUGUUAUUUAUUCUGACAAAUUUGGAGAAUUACCUCUGAUUAAUAAGAUUUCUGAGUUAUUAUACAGCAAGGAUAUCAGAAUAGUUGAGCAAACAGCACUUCUUCUGAUCACUUUAAUUAGAAAAUAAAUCUCUAAUCUUAACAUUCGAGAACAUAGAAGAAGCGAUACAGCAUCUUUACCAUUUUAGAGAUGGAUCUCAAACCCUAAAAAUCACCCUAACCCAAAACAACUUAACCAAAAUUUCAUUAGGCCUAAAAAUCCUCCUCGAAAUCCUAAUUCUCUCCAUAAACCACCUCGAAUCCAGCUCCCUCCCUCUCACUGAGUCCAACCUCCCCUACAUCACUCUCAAAAGCACUCUCUCCCACCUCCUCCCAAUGUCCCAAAUCCUCACCACCCAAAAACAGUCCAAAUCCACUCUAACCGGCAUUCAGACGCUCUCCUCAAUCCUCUGUAACAUCUCUAUAAUCUCCCUCACUCCUCUGACAUCCGCCUGCUGCUCUGAAUUCAUCCCGCUUGUUAUUGACCUCUUGUUUAAGCAAUGUAAUGUUAUUGAGGAAACUGGGCAUUUGUUGAAAGCGAAUUUGUUGACUUACUUGGUGAAUCAUGCAGAAUACACUUCCGAAAUGCUCUCCUACACCACAUCCCCUACCUCCCCCACCCCUACCCUCCUCUCCAACCUCCUUCCCUUACUCACCUCUUCAUCCCCUCUCAUCACCGACCUUACAGUCCAACUCUUCCUCACCCUCCUGCCUUCCUGCUCACCCACAGACCUCCUCGAACCCCUAUGGACAGCUAUCAUUUCCUCUCUGAAGAAAGAGCACCCGCUCUUUCUUCAGUCAAUGACUGCUAACGCCAUACAGCUGAUCGAGCUUGGCCUGGCUGGGCCAGCCCAGGUAGUUCAGGUUAUGAAGAAAGUAGUCGCUCAAGAAGAAAUAGAAGCAGGGAAGGGGCAACAGACAGUGGAGAGCAAGAGUGUGCUAAAAUGUUUUGGAAAUUGGUGUAGGAAUGAAGAGUGGUAUAGGGCAAUGGAAGAGGAAGGGAUUGUGGAUGAAGUGAUGGAGGAGGUCAGUGAGGGCUUGGAAGGAGAGGAAGGGGAAGAGAGGGUGCUGGAUGUGUUGAAGGUGCUGGACGGGGUUUUUGGAGUUGACGAAGAGAGAUUGAAGAUAUUUAAGGAGGGUGAUGGAGAGAAAAGGUUAGAGAAGUUGUUUGAUGUGUAUAAGGAUGAAGAUGUCAGGAGUGUGCUGAUUAGUCUAGCUGGAAAAUAUUUUUCUUAA